UGCUGCCACGCAGCAUCCAGAUGCACAUCAUGAAGGAGACCGAGGACGACGCCUUCUGGGAGCGCCUCCUCAAGGACAAGUCCUUGGAGAAGACUAACGUGAAGAUUGACUGGAACAAGUUCGUUGACGAGGACGAGGACGAGGGCGGAGAAGGGUUCGACAUGAGUGCCCUCGACGGAGGAAGCCAAUUCGGAGGCCGUGGCGGCCCUCCCGGAGGGAUGGGUGGUAUGGGGGGUAUGGGAGGCAUGGGGGGUAUGGGAGGCAUGGGGGGUAUGGGCGGAGGCGAGGGGGGAAUGCCGGCAGACAUGGCAGAGAUGAUGGCCAAGAUGCAGGCGGGCGAGAUGGGAGGCAUGGGAGGAGGUCGGGACGACAACGGUGACGAUGAUGAUGAUGACGAGGCGGAUAGCGAUGACGAGGGCCUGCCCGAUCUCGAAGAUGACGACGAUCAGCCAGGUGCCUAGAGGUGACGACGCUUCGCUGGCCCGAGGUUACCCAAGAGUCUUGUCAAGCAGACGCUUUCUGUUAUCUCGGCAUUCUGGCGCGAGUUUUGUUUUUGUCGGGCCAGGCGGUUUAUCCUCGUUACACUUUAUAGACGCUUGAUUACUCUCAGCGUGCGGCGGCUAUGCAAGAUGAGCCCGGGCUCGGAGUACGGCGGUGUUGGGGCACCAUGGGGUGAUCCUCAUUCCACGCGUUUACUUCUUGAUGCUUGGUCGAGGAGACGGCAGUCAGGUCCGGGUUGGGGGGGAGGGCGAGGGGUCGUGUCCCUGCGCUUGUUUUUUUGGUAUUAUAUCACGUUCGUUUGUUUAGUCUCUUGUUUUUGUAUCCAGUCAUGUCGUAGAUGGCAGUAAGGUUGACGGUGUCUCGGGGCAACAAAAGAGUGAUUUGACUCUGUUGGUCCUCAGUUUCGAGCUGCUUGUUCGGGUGCUUCUAGUCUUUUCUGUUCCGGUCCGCGCCCUCUGGGGGGAGACGCCGAAUCCCGGUAGAAGUUUCCAUGUCAGUUUAGACCCGACUCCUGAACUCCCUCGCCUCUCGUUGUGCGGGCAAGACAUUCAUCUCACCCACCUUUCCCGUAAACAGGAGUGAGUGUAAGUAGUGGGAUGACACCCUGGGGUGUGAGUGACCUACCCGUGGUGUGUUGUUAUUGCGCGGUGGAAAGUUUUUCUUUUUUUGUGGGACGGUUCUAAGACAAGACUGUACGAGCGACAGCGUGGGUUACUUACACGUUGCGCUUGUGGAGCUCUGACGGCAGAGCGGCAGCAAGAAUGGGGUGAAUAUUUGUUUUGUUUGCCAAACCACACAGGCGACUCCUUGGGACAGCCGCCCGGCGCUCCGGGAGCACUGAAGUCUCGGGGCAAGGUUGGAGUCUUCGGAAAACUGGUAGAUGCUAUUAAGCGUACUAUCAUCUUGGCGGGCUUGCUGCGUACACGCGUGGGAGCUCUCGAGCUGUGGGGGAAACCGUGGAUUACAGGGCGAAAGAGAAGGGGUGGGAGGAGGACCCCUUUGCCAAGAAUAUCAUGACUCCUUAUUAACCUACGUAGUCAAAUUCCUUGUUUGUAUUUCGUUCGUUGUCGGGGAGGAUGAAACAAGGCAUCUAAGGUCCUCUGCGUGUGUGAUUGAUACGAUGGGAAGAGAGGCAAACGUCGCGCAGCAGACGGUCGGCGGCCAAUGGCUCACAAAAGCCGCGACUCAUAUGCCGCCGCCGCGGGUACACGGUAUCGACCGCAUGAUGUGACACACAAGACGGUCAAGGGGGAGGGGUGGCUUUCGCGACAAUAAAGAGCACCAAACGCUCACAAGGAGAGCGGGUCAACGCCCGUGGCACCCCGCCUGGUUCGGGACAUGCGGGAUGGUUCUGUGCCAGGCGUCGUAGCUGGAGCGAUCGAGCACUACUGCAGUGACACUUGACCGCUUGGGCCAUUCCAAAAUCAGCCUGUGCCUGUGGUUGGCAGCGAGUGCAGCUACUAUGAUACUAUCGCCAAUGGUGCUGCCGCCGACAGUUCUGCCGCCGAUUUCGCUGGCUUCUCUGGUUGGGUGCGCGGCCGUCUCAAAGCCCUUCGGCGUUCGUUGCCCACGGAAGAAUCAUCAGGAGGUGUUGCCGUCUCCACCCCUCCUUGAUUCGCCCUCGUGACAACUGGUACAUGGGGUUCACUAAGGGGGCGAAUCUGUAUUAAAUAUUUUGAACAAAGAGUCUCUAAACGCUACUUCGUUGUUUAUGCUUGAUGGUGCAAACUGUAAGAUCUGUUCUUGGCACCCGUCCCUGUGUGCCAGGUUCCCAGUGGGAACAGAAGAGCAGAGUGUGUGGAGCACACGGCUUGCCACAUCAUAUUCGCUCUACCUGCCCGCAUUGGCGUAAGUGCUUCCAAAUCUGUUUGUAACUGCCAUUUCUCAACCCUCCAAACAAACCACCACGAACCGGCUGUUUGUAGCUCCUGUGGGCCACGUCGGGCUAGGGGAUAAAACACCGUCUACUUCCUUGGUUGUUUCUCGACAACGGGAUCAUACGAGAGUAGUGCUAGUUCGCACACCGUAGGACACGCGCAGACCGCUGCCCGUUCAGAAAUCGUUUCUUCGAAGUGCUGAAAAGGAGAGUUGUGGGCAGUGCUGGGCAGGUGCCUGGUCGAACGCCAAGGUGUAAUCUAAGCCGCCCCCAAAAGGGCGCCCCUAUCCACAUCAGUCUUUCUACAACCACGAUCCGUGCCUCCGUACCCUACGAUCUUCUACGCCUUCUGCUGCACUGGUGAGCUGCUCCCAUCCGUGGUCACACCCAUCGAAACCGCUGUGCAAGGCAUGCCACCGUUUUGGUUCCUUCAGCACGUCUUGGAGUUUACGCCGGAAGCCAGGGCGAACAGGCGUUCCGCGGUCCUUCCGCGUCACACACCCCGCACCGGGGGGGAUCGGCAUCCGCCCUCUCUCCACCCGUCCCGAUCGAGUUCCAAAACGUGCACACCCCACACGGCCAACCGUCUCCGUCUCCUUCCGGGACGACAGGGGAUGGUAUCGAGCUGUCCCCGCUCUCAACAACCGCCUUUAGAGAAGCU